ACGGAGAAGAGCUCUCAUCGGAGAGCCUCGACCAACCUCAUGAGCAUCAUCGAUGACAACCACAAGUGGGGCGGGAACGACCCUGUCCUCUUGGCCGAGGCCUUCCGGGAGCUCAACAACUCCUCUAGAUCCUCGGGUCAUCGCGCGACUAGUCCUGUCGCUGUCAGGCCACGACGAAUGUCCGAGAGCCAGCAAAGGAAGUCUCCAGAGCCGCGUCAGCGUCGCAUGUCGCUAGAGGGAGGGGAGAUGAAGAAAGAUCUGCCUCACAGUCGUCGAACCCGCCUCAUGUCCGACAGUGACAUCGCUGCUACUACUCCUGCCAACAUCGGGACUGCCAACAAUGUUGGCUGGGAGUCGGGGAUGCGCCGGACGCUGCUAUCUCCCGUCCCUUCGGCAUGAUAGCCACAUCAUCGUGGCAUGUACAUUGAAUGAUUCGAUUCAAUAUGAAGUAAUGAUGUGUACAAUAAUAAAACUUGAAUUUGAUCUUC